AUGAAUCUCUUAUGGAAAACUCACAUGAGGCUACAAGUGAUUAAAUUAGUCCUUACUCUCUUUGUAGUGACACUUAGAACAGCUGAGAGUAGAAAAGCCAAAAUUGUAACAGCUUCAUUUGAGUAUAAUGGUAUAAAUUGUAGAGCACACACUGCUUCUUUGACAGAUUUCGGCGGUGUUGGAGAUGGAGUUACAUCUAACACAAAGGCUUUUCAGUCCGCAAUUACUAACCUGAGUCAGUAUGGUUCCGAAGGUGGUUCUCAGCUCUAUGUUCCAGCCGGAAAAUGGCUCACUGGUAGUUUUAGUCUUACCAGUCACUUUACUCUCUAUUUGGAUAAAGAUGCUGUUCUUCUUGCUUCUCAGGAUAUAACUGAGUGGCCUGUGAUUGAACCGUUACCAUCAUACGGUAGAGGAAGAGACGCACCAGCAGGAAGAUUCACAAGCCUCAUAUUCGGAACUAACCUCACAGAUGUUAUUGUCACAGGUGAAAAUGGCACCAUAGAUGGUCAAGGUGCGUUUUGGUGGCAACAGUUUCAUCGAAAAAAGUUGAAGUACACGCGCCCCUACCUGAUCGAACUUAUGUUCUCGGACGGUAUCCAAAUCUCAAAUCUAACUCUCCUUAAUUCUCCAUCAUGGAACAUUCAUCCUGUUUACAGCAGCAACAUUAUUGUGCAAGGCAUCACUAUUUUUGCUCCUGUCACAUCUCCUAACACUGAUGGUAUCAAUCCAGACUCUUGCACAAAUACAAAAAUUGAAGACUGUUACAUAGUUUCUGGAGAUGACUGUGUUGCUGUGAAAAGUGGAUGGGAUGAGUAUGGUAUAAAAUUCGGUUGGCCUACGAAACAACUAGUAAUCAGAAGACUAACAUGUAUUUCGCCAUUCAGUGCAACAAUUGCCUUAGGAAGUGAGAUGUCUGGAGGGAUACAAGAUGUUAGAGCGGAAGACAUCACGGCCAUUCAAACAGAAUCGGGUGUAAGAAUCAAAACAGCUGUUGGUAGAGGAGGGUAUGUAAAAGACAUAUAUGUGAAGAGAUUUAAUAUGCAUACUAUGAAAUGGGCGUUUAAGAUGACAGGUGAUUACAAUUCACAUGCUGAUACUCACUUUGAUCCUAAUGCUUUGCCGGAGAUCGCGAAUAUUAACUAUAGAGAUGUUGUGGCUGAGAAUGUUACGAUAGCGGCUAAGUUUGAAGGAAUCUCUAAUGACCCUUUUAAGGGAAUUUGUAUUGCUAAUGUGACACUAGGGAUGGCUGUUAAGGCCAAGAAAAGGCCGUGGACAUGUACUGAUAUCGAAGGGAUGACUAGUGGGGUGACGCCUACGCCUUGUGAUUUGUUGCCUGAUCAAGGGCCUGAGAAAAUCGCGGCGUGUGAUUUUCCAGAAGAGAGUUUACCUAUUGAUAAGUUGGAGCUUAAGAAGUGUGCUUACAACAUGAAAUAUGUUGAGAUGUAUUAG